UCAUGAAGCCCCUCCCGCUCCUGGCCCUGCUGGGCCUGGCCACCAUCUGUCUGGUGGGCCAGGCAGAUGCAAAGCCCAGUGGCGCAGAGUCUGGCAAAGGUGCAGCCUUCGUGUCCAAGCAGGAGGGCAGUGAAGUGGUGAGGCGAGCCAGGCGCUACCUGGACCAAGGGCUGGGAGUCCCAGCCCCCUACCCAGACCCCCUGGAGCCCAAGCGGGAGGUGUGUGAGCUGAACCCGGACUGUGAUGAGCUGGCCGACCACAUCGGCUUCCAGGAGGCCUACCAGCGCUUCUACGGCCCCGUCUAGGCCCUCAGGCCCUGCAGGCCUCCGGAUGCUGCUCCGCUCAUUGCCUGGACCUCACAGGCCCUCCCAGCCCCCAU